AUGCCUACCAACGAAGUCGUGACAACCAAGGUUGUCGUUCAUCCUUUGGUUUUACUCAGUGUUGUAGAUCAUUUUAAUAGGAUGGGUAAAAUAGGUAACCAAAAAAGAGUAGUAGGAGUUCUUUUAGGCUGUUGGAGAGGAAAAGGAGUUUUAGAUGUGUCAAAUAGUUUUGCAGUUCCAUUUGAUGAAGAUGAAAAGGAUAAAGAUGUUUGGUUUCUCGAUCAUGACUACCUUGAAAAUAUGUACAGUAUGUUUAAAAAAGUCAAUUCAAGGGAAAAAAUAGUUGGUUGGUAUCACACUGGCCCGAAAUUAUAUAAAAAUGAUGUUGCAAUCAAUGAAUUGGUUCGAAGAUAUUGUUCAAAUUCAGUUCUUGUUAUAAUUGAUGCCAAACCCAAAGAUCUUGGGCUUCCCACAGAGGCCUACAGAGCUGUCGAGGAAGUUCAUGAUGAUGGUUCUCCAACUUCGAAAACAUUUGAACAUAUUCCUAGCGAAAUUGGUGCCGAGGAAGCAGAAGAAGUCGGAGUUGAACAUUUACUCAGGGACAUAAAAGACACGUCCGUAGGAACAUUAUCUCAAAAAAUAACCAAUCAACUUUUGGGUUUGAAAGGUUUACAACGUCAGGUUCAAGAAAUAAAAAAUUAUCUAGAGCAAAUAGUUCAAGAUAAAUUGCCCAUAAAUCAUCAAAUCGUUUAUCAAUUACAAGAUGUAUUCAAUCUCCUUCCCGACAUGUCUCAGAAAACAAUGUCGGAUUCGUUAUAUGUGAAAACAAACGAUCAAAUGCUCGUUGUUUAUCUUGCUGCUCUUUGUAGAUCCAUCGUUGCUCUCCAUAAUUUAAUUAACAAUAAGCUUACAAAUAGGGAUGCUGAAAAAAAAGAAGCAAAUAAAGAUAUUAUUAAAGAAAAGGAUAAAAAAGAAGAUAAACCGAAAGAAGAAGUAACGGCGGGAAAAGAAGAUAAAAAGAAAUAA